AUGGCCCUGUCCGAUCUCCACGACGAUCUCCUGCGGCGCAUCCUCUACUUCACGCCUGCGAAGGAGGCCGCCUCCACUAGCGCGCUCGCCCGGCGAUGGCGCUCGCUGUGGCUCUCCUCGGGCGCCGUCAACCUUGACUCCUUCUCCUACUCUUCCGGCAGCCACAGCCACGACGAGCCUAGCUACAAGCGCGGACAGACCAAUAAGUACCUACGACAGCCGGACUCCAUCUACAAAGUGCUCGAUGACGCGCUCUCCAACCCGGCGGCUCGCCGCGUUGAUGAGCUCCGCGUCACCGUAUCCCACGGGUCGGAGUCGCCGGCCCGCUUGCCCGUUGUCAGCAUCGGCUCCCAGCCUUUGGAUUCCCUUCGCGUGCUGGACAUCAGCACGUGCCACUGCCAGGCAUACACACCGGCGGAGCUCGCGCUCCGGCGGCUCGAGGCGAUGCGCCUGCACCGAUGCACCGUGCUGGCCACGGAUCUCCAAGCCAUGAUUUACGCCGCGCCGCACCUCGCCACUCUGCAGCUCCACGAGGUGCAGCUCGUCGGGACAUGCAAACGCAUCCGCUGCCCCAGGGUGACUACCCUCGUGCUCGCAGACCUGGACUGGCGGGAGAGCUCAUCAUGGCGGGGUGGCAUGGACCUCGACGCGCCCAUGCUGCGGAACUUCAGCUACAGGGGAUUCCUCCGGCGGUUCUUGCUCGAGCCGCCGGCGACCACGGAGAUCGCCGACGUAGACCUGCACUUCGUUGCCGACAACGAGCACCGACAGAGAGACGAUGAAAAAACCUGCCGCCUAUUCUGGCGGUUCGUGAACAACUUCAGAAACGUCAAGACAAUGAAGCUGAGGCUGGUCCAUCUCGAGCACAUCGUCGUGGCCGACAAGAGGAAGACGGCUAAGCUUUAUACCCUAGCAGCUGAUACCCUGUUCGGAAACCUCCAUCGUCUUGAUCUGCAAGCGUUCUACACGCCUGGACGCAGGGCUGGAGGGGUGGCGUUUGCGACCUUUCUUCACUGCUGCCCGAUGAUCCGUGUCCUACUUCUCGAGCUGAUCAGCACUGUGGAUGGCGAUGAUCCUUCAAAAAGCGCUUCACAUGUCCAGGACUUUUCAGAUGAGAAAGGGAAACUAGAAUUUUGCAAGUCGCUGGAUCAGUUCAUAUGUCCUCAAGUCAAAUCAAAACCGGCGAUUUCCUUGGAUGGAGAAGAUGAUGAUGAGGAAAAUGGUUCUUAG